ACAAGCGCAAGCUGCAAAGUCAUCCAUCGGACGCGGCACCGGAUGAAAGAUGUGGCAAGAACAAGAAGAAGCAGAACACUAGUGGUGAGGUUGUCGAUCUUGACGCUGAUGAGUACAGCCCGAUGCAAGCUGGGACCGACAGGAGCGCACCAUGGCCAACAGUCC